UGGACGCUUGGCAUGCGGCUUCCAUUGACGCGCGUCGCGACGAUCCGGUGAAAAUGGGGGCGGGAACCCCCAACGACACCAUCCGGUGCGUGGACGGCUUGCUGAUGCCUUGCUGGCAGCCGCUGGAUGACGUCCCCAUGGUGGAACGCGUCGGCCGCGGCCUGGUCUACUUCUUCGUCCUGAUCUACCUAUUCAUCGGUGUUUCUAUAAUCUCCGACCGCUUUAUGGCAGCCAUCGAAGUCAUCACCUCCCAGGAGCGGGAGGUUUCCGUCAGGAAACCGAACGGCGACACCCAGAUCAUCGUGGUAAGGAUGUGGAACGAGACUGUGGCUAACCUUACCCUCAUGGCGCUGGGGUCCAGCGCUCCUGAGAUCCUUCUCAGUGUCAUAGAGAUCUACGCCAAGAACUUCAACGCGGGUGACUUGGGGCCGGGAACCAUCGUUGGCUCUGCAGCUUACAACCUCCUGGUGAUCAUGGCGCUCUGCGUGUCCGUCAUACCCGACGGAGAAGUGCGGAAGAUAAAGCACUUGGGGGUAUUUUUCGUGACAGCCACGUGGUCGGUGUUCGCUUACGUCUGGCUGUAUCUGAUCCUCUGUUUCUUCUCCCCGGGUAUUGUUGAGAUAUGGGAGGGCCUAUUGACCUUCUCCUUCUUUCCAUUAACUGUCCUGACGGCCUACGCUGCCGACAGGAAGAUCCAUAGGUACAUUCAGAAGGACUAUCGCAUGAACCGUCGGGGGGUCAUUGUGCAAGCCGAAGGGGAUAACCUGGAACUCGGAAACACCGAGCUGCUGGCUCUGGACGAUGUCCACGAGGACAUCAAGCAGGAUUACAUCACCACGUUGAAGGAGCUGCGUCAGCAGAACCCACACGCCGACUUGGGCCUGCUGGAGAAGAUGGCCCACGAGAUGCUUCUCAACAAGGGGCCAAAAUCUCGUGCUUUCUACCGCAUCCAAGCCACCAGAAAGCUGAUGGGCAGCGGGGAUUUACUGAGGAGGAUUUCCGAGAGGGCUCAGAGCGAUCUGAGCGAGGUAAAGGCAGAACUGCAAAGAGAAUCGGGAGCUGCAGAGUUCAACCAAUCGGCGAGUCGAGUUUACUUCGAGCCGUCGAAGUAUACCGUGUUGGAGAGUUGCGGAAGGUUCGAGGUGAGGAUUGUGAGGAGUGGUGAUAUCGAUUCUCCCUUGACGGUGGAGUAUACUACCGAAGAUGGUACGGCGCAAGCUGGGAGUGAUUACGUCAAGGCUAAGGGGAAGCUCGAGUUUGGACCUGGAGACAAAGAGAAGAGGUUUGUAGCAAUUCUGGUCAAAAAGGCUUACUAUACAUUAAAUGAAUUUUUUGAGGAUAACAUNUCCGCUCAGCCCCCCAGCAGCCUGGGCUCGCCCACCCUCGCCACCGUGAUCAUCCUGGACGACGACCACGGCGGUCUUUUCAAGUUCGAGUCGCAAAACCACGAGCUUGUAGAAAGCGUCGGUCACUACGAUCUGCGGGUGGUGAGGUGUUCGGGGGCGAGAGGGAGGGUCGUCGUUCCAUACUGGACCGAGGACGGCACCGCCAAGCAGGACAAGGAGUACGAAAAGGCCGAGGGAAGUUUGGUGUUCGAAAACAACGAAUCAGAGUGAGUAAUAUUCAUUCAAUUACAAAUUAAAGAAGUUCAAGUGUAUUUUGGAAUAUUACGAAGGGACUUAAAGAACUUAGGUCCUCUUUUGCUUUAA